AUGGAUGCUCGAGCGGACGACGAUGAAGCUCCGCCGGAUCCAGCGGCGCGGAAGCAACAGCAUCAUGAUUACACUGAACAGGACUUCGAAGGACACAGAGCACACACAGUGUACGUUGGUGUUCAUGUACCUGCCCGACGCCAUUCCCACAGGAAACAUAAACACCAUCACCGCAAUGGAGAAAAGGACGUCGAAAGACCAGGCCCAGCAAUAAUGGCUCGAGUGAGAAGAUUAAGCGUCACUGAUGACGGAGAAACAUUAACACCUCCGGCUCAAAGAGUACAAUUUAUUCUCGGAGAAGAUGUAGAUGACACCACUCUAGAAUCUCAUCCACUUUUCUCUGAAAUGGAAGAAUUGGUAAAAGAUGGCGAUGAACUUGAAUGGAAGGAGACUGCGCGAUGGAUCAAAUUUGAGGAAGAUGUGGAAGAAGGCGGAAAUCGCUGGUCAAAGCCACAUGUUGCAACAUUAUCUUUACAUUCGCUUUUUGAACUUAGGAGCCUUAUUUUAAAUGGCGCUGUCAUAUUAGAUAUGGAGGCAAACUCUUUGGAGCAAGUGGCUGAAAAUGUAUUGGAUCAUAUGGUUACUGAAGGAUCUUUAGGAUACGAUUGUAGAGAAAAAGUUAAAGAUGCCUUAUUACGGAGACAUAGACAUCAACAUGAGAAAAGAAAUCAUAAUAAUAUGUCAAAACUUCCUUUAAUUCGAUCAUUGGCUGACAUUGGACGAAAUCAUUCAUCAUGCAAAAACUUCCAGGAAACUGAAACUCGACGUACAAGUACAAGAAAUAAUCGUUCCUCAUCCCCUCAGACGGCUCUACUCCAAGCACCUGAUGCCAGGGGCUGUUAUCUAUCCGUUCCAGUGGAGGAAAACGCUACAAGUGGACAUUCUCAAAAAGGAGAUUUCAAUCGUUUCCUAGGAAUACCUAGCGCGGGUGGGGUUUCCGAUGAAGGUAUGGUGAAAAGUCCAAGCAGCUUCUCAAUGCAACGAAAUCACAGCUCUGGUGAUUUUCCUGUUAAUGGUGAUAUUAAUCAUAAAUGUAACACACACUUUAUGCGCAAAAUACCUCCUGGAGCUGAGGCCUCUAAUAUCUUAGUUGGUGAAGUAGAUUUUCUUGACAAAACUUUAUCAGCUUUUGUAAGACUAAAAACUGGAACUAUAAUGGGAGACCUCACAGAAGUACCUGUACCUACGCGAUUUAUGUUUGUGUUACUGGGUCCACCAAAUAGUAACUCAAGCUUUCAUGAAAUCGGUCGAGCGAUGGCAACUCUUAUGUCUGAUGAAAUAUUUCACGAAGUAGCAUACCGAGCAAAGAAACGAGACCAUUUAUUAGCUGGUAUAGAUGAGUUUCUUGACGCUGUGACAGUUUUACCUCCUGGAGAAUGGGAUCCUGCUAUCCGCAUUGAACCACCGGCUGCUAUACCAUCACAAGACCUCCGUAAACGACCUAAUGAUAAUCAAAAAGAAGAACCUGAUGAAGAAGAAGAGGAACAACGACUAAGAGAAGAAUCAGGUUUGGCUAGAAGUGGAAGACUAUUUGGGGGCUUAAUUAAUGACCUCAAGAGAAAAAGACCAUGGUAUUGGUCAGAUUUCAAAGACGCCUUGGCACUUCAGUGUGUUGCAUCGUGGAUUUUCCUUUAUUUUGCUUGUUUAUCGCCAAUUAUUACAUUUGGAGGGCUACUAGGGGAAGCAACAGGGAAAAAUAUGGCAGCUAUGGAAUCACUAGUAUCUGGAUUUGUUUGCGGAAUGGGAUAUGGAUUUUUUUCAGGACAACCGUUAACCGUUUUAGGGUCCACAGGUCCAGUAUUAGUAUUUGAAACUAUUGUGUUUGAAUUUUGUAAACAAAUUGGCUGGAAUUACAUGUCUUUUAGAUUGUGUAUUGGUACUUGGACUACAAUAAUAUUAGUUAUAUUAGUUGCAAUAGAUGCCAGUGCAUUUGUUUGUUACAUAACAAGAUUUACUGAGGAAAAUUUUGCUACUUUGAUAGCGUUUAUAUUUAUUUAUAAGGCAGUCGAAAACGUAAUAUCUAUUGGUAAAAAGUUUCCUCUCAAAACCCACGCCGACGAAGUUCUCAAUUAUGAAUGUUAUUGUUUACCAAGUAAUUAUUCGAAUGUGCCUGAAGAUUUUAAUUGGACUACAAUCGAUAAGGAAUCUUGUCAGUUUUAUAAUGGCACCUUACUUGGUGUUGGGUGCGAAACAAAAGUAUAUGUGCCAGAUGUUUUUCUCAUGUCAAUAAUAUUGUUCCUGGGUACAUUUAUUAUCUCAAUUAUUUUAAAAGAUUUUAAGAAUUCUCUCUUUUUUCCAUCAAAGGUAAGGCAAAUAAUAAGUGACUUUUCGGUGAUCAUAGCAAUUUUAUCAAUGUCGUUUCUCGACUAUAAAGUUGGUGUCAAAACACCGAAACUCGAAGUGCCGUCGGAAUUUAAGCCUACAUUACCUACUAGAAAUUGGGUUAUAACACCCUUUAAUGGAAAUCCUAUCUGGUCAGCAUUAGUAGCCAUUUUACCCGCACUUUUGGGAACAAUUCUGAUAUUUAUGGAUCAACAAAUUACAGCAGUUAUUGUUAAUCGGAAAGAGAAUAAACUAAAGAAAGGAUGCGGAUAUCAUUUAGAUCUGUUUGUAUUAGCAAUAUUAAUACAAAUAUGUUCGAUUAUGGGCCUUCCAUGGUUUGUGGCUGCUACGGUCCUAAGUAUCAACCACGUCAACUCCUUAAAAGUCGAGUCCGAAUGUGCUGCACCGGGCGAGAAACCACAUUUUCUUGGAGUCAGAGAACAAAGAUUAACUCAUAUCAUGAUAUUUUUAACAAUAGGAUGUUCCGUGGUUCUUACUCCGAUUCUAAGACACAUCCCAAUGCCUGUAUUGUUUGGAGUUUUCCUUUACAUGGGAGUAGCUUCCUUAAAAGGUUUACAAUUUUUCGACAGGAUAUUGAUUAUGUUUAUGCCGCAAAAAUAUCAACCUGAUCAUAUGUUUUUAAGACAGGUGCCAAUCCGUCGGGUACAUUUAUUCACUGCGAUUCAAUUAACCUGUUUGGUUGUAUUGUGGGUAAUAAAAUCUUUUUCAAUGACAUCUAUUCUAUUUCCUCUAAUGCUUGUGGUCAUGAUUGGAAUUAGAAAAACAUUAGAUUUGUUCUUUACAAGAAGGGAAAUGAAGAUUUUGGAUGAUGUUAUGCCAGAAAUGUCAAGACGAAAUCAAGAUGAACUACAUGAACUUGGAAGUGCUGAGGACAAGAAUAACCCACCGCCAUAUCAAGAGAAUUUGCAAAUACCACUUAUAAAUGGAAAUAUAAUGAACAUACCCUUAACUUCAAUAAAUAUAUCAGAGGAGGUUAAUAAGACAGGAAUCUGGAAGCAAGUUAAUAAUAGCAAUAGAAUGAAUAUAUCUUCUGAAACAAAAGAUUUCAAGAUCAAACCGGGAAAGAAAAACAUUAAACACAAGAAAUUAAUUACCAAAAACACACAAUCAGAUAUUGAAAGGAGACUUUCCACGAUGGAUGAGGUCGAAGAAGAUGAUCCGUCUGUAAAGAGCGAUAUCGUAAGACGAAAGGAAACUUGGAGCGGAGGAAAAAAAAGUGAUUCAAAGAAAAACAUUACCUCUGCCGAAACAUCAGUAUAA